GCUUCUUUCACAUGUCAAACCUGAAAAAUAAAUAGCUGCCAAAUGGAACACUACUGCGUCAAAAAAAGGUUUAAUUUUGUUGUUGUUUUUUAGGAAAGUAGAAUGAUAAAAGAAUGAGAAGUUAAUGUCGAAAAGGACGUUCAAUCAAUCACUUCCAUUUCUACCAAGAAGUUUGCUGCAGAAAAACCCAGCAAGAGAUGUAAAAGUAAAGAAGUUAUCAAGAACAGAAGAUGCAGUGGUCCGUGAUGACAAAGUGAAGCAAACAAGCAGAGAACAACGAUGGCCUUCUUAUGACGAACCUGUGUGCGUUGUUUGUGGCAAGUAUGGCGAGUACAUCUGCGAUGAAACCGAUGAAGAUAUUUGUAGUGUGCAGUGCAAGAAAACCCAUCUAGAUGAACAGCAGCAGGAGAAAGUUAGCGAGUCAACCGACAUCUGUGUAAACGAGACAUUUGAUUGUUACUAUGAACGACAAACUAAGUAUAUGCCUCAUCAAGGUUUGUUGCAUAUCACAGAGGAUAAAGCUGCGAUGUUUAGAAAGAAAAUGAAUAUUUUUGUGAAAGGAAAAAAUAUUUCAAAAUUGGCGACGACUUUCCAUCAUUUUAAUUUUCCAGACCAGCUUCUCCAUAACCUUACGGAGAAUAAGUAUGCGGUACCAAGCGCAGUCCAAAUGCAAGUCAUUCCACUUGUUCUCGAGAGCAGGGAUGUGUUGGUGAGCGCAGCAACAAGUAGCGGUAAAUCAGCAGCUUUCUUGCUCCCUAUCAUUCAUCGUGUACACGCAUGCACUGGAGGACUUAAAGUUUCCCACGACUUCUGUAAAUACCCAGUGGCUUUGGUAUUAGCACCCACACGUGAAUUGUGUAUGCAGCUGGAGGAACAAGCAAAAGUUUUUUGUAGAUCUUUACCAAACAUGAAAACGGCACUGCUUGUCGGCGGCUGUCCACUUGCACAACAACUUCACAGGUUGAGACACAACGUGCAACUGGUGAUCGGUACACCAGGCCGAAUAAACGAUAUUCUGGCUCAUCAUAAUUUGAAUUUACAACACGUAAAAAUGGUCGUCCUCGAUGAAGUUGAUGUAAUGCUAAACAUGGGAUUCCACAACCAGAUUUUAUCGAUACUUGAGUUGCUACCUACUAAACCACAACAUCUUUUUUUUUCCGCCACUAUUCCACCCACGAUCGAGGCGCUGGCGGGAAAACUAAUGCACGACGUUGUCCAUGUGCGCGUGGGACCUUCAGGCGUGCCUACUGCACAUGUCAAGCAGCUCGUUCUCUGGGUAGAAGAAGCUUCGAAAAAGAAGAAGUUGUUUUCUAUUCUGACAGAUCGAAAACAUUUUCUUCCUCCUGCAGUGGUCUUCGUGAAUUCUAAAAUAGGCGCUGACAUGUUGUGUGAAGCUGUUUCCAAGAAAUUUCGUUUGAGCUGCGAUAGCAUACAUUCAGAUAAGACACAAGACAUGCGCACAGACAUAUUACAACAAUUUCUCGCCGGUGCACACGACUUGCUUGUAUCAACAAACGUCAUGGGUAGAGGUUUGGAUCUAGUGAAUGUGAGACAGGUUAUUUUGUUUGACAUGCCGAAAUCUAUUGAAGAAUACGUACACCAAGUUGGUCGAGCAGGCAGAUAUGAUGACAAAGGUUUUUCAAUAGCUUUCAUUAACAACACGAGCAAACGUUUGUUCGUUGACUUGAAAAACUUGUUUGAUUUUACAAGUAAUAAACUGCCCGACGAACUACUGCACUCUCCUUAUCUCAAAGAUGAUGGCAGGAAAAAGAAGGUUGUGCAGUCUCAAGGAAAGGAAAGAGAUAUUAACACACAAAAUUUAUUCGAAAUAUUGACGAAAAAGCGAUGAAAGAAAACUGUGUGCGCUUUUCAUCCUGUCUACAGAGGAUUAAGGAAUAGGCAGUCCCACACAAAUCCACUAUAAUUCAUUGUUGAUGUGCAGAGUACUUUAAAUAUUCGCCAGUAUCAAGCAUGUUUUUGUGUCGAAACAAAUAAAACACUUCUUAAAAAAUCGAGUCGUUUUUAU